AUGGAAGAACAGCUUAACUCGGAUCAAGAAUUGUUAUACUCAGAAGCUGCAAUGAAAUUGAGUGACGAUUUUUAUGCUCAGUUGAAACUCAGUGAUUCUGAAGAAGAAGAUGAAGAGGAAUUUUCCUUUGUAUGUGAAGUGGCAAAUGAUUCUCAAAUAACAGCUGGAGAUGCAUUUGUCGAUGGCCAGAUCAAGCCGGUAUUUCCAUUAUUCAACCGGGAUUUGUUAUUUCCCGAUGAGGAUGAAAAGAUUUUGCGGGAGAAUUUGCCGAUCAGGCCUCCGGUGAAGAAGGUUUUUGUUGAAAGAAAAGAUGGGUCGACGUCAACUUCGUCGGAGAAGGACGACAUAUCUGGACCUUGCUGCGAGUUGAAGACAAGAAAGGUGGUGGAGGCGUCGCCGGAGGAGGUAUGCAAGAAAAGCAACUCAACUGGGUUUUCAAAGAUUUGGAGGUUGAAAGAUUUUAAGGCGAGGUGCAAUAGUGAUGGAAGAGACGCCUUUGUCUUCUUGAAUAAUAACCAUACACCGCCGUCCACGGCGGAGCCAGCGGCGGCGAGUGGUGGUGAGAAAAAAGAGUCAACGAAGAAAGCCAACGGGUAUGGGAAGGCAAAGAAGAGUAAAACGUCGCCGUUGUCGGCCCAUGAGGUGUAUUUGAAAAAUAAGGCGAAAAUGGAUGAUAGGCAAAAAUCUUAUUUACCUUAUAGGAGGGAGUUGUUGGGAGUUUUCACAAAUGUUAAUGGUGGACUAACCCGAAGUGUGCAUCCCUUCUAA